UCCAGCCAGUAGACGUUUGACCGUUCGAAAAGCAACAAGUUCGCCAGAGCAAAGCACGGUGCGCUGCACUGCACCAUCGUGAACCGGUUUAUUGUUAUUAUUCGUCGUUUCCUUUUACUUUCGUGUUUUUGUGAAUAUUUCUCUAUUGGAUGAUACUACAUACGCACCACGUACGACCUAUCACGACACUCCCGAGGGCAGAUUCGCACUUAGUCACUACUGGUGGUUGAACUACUGCAGUUCGCCCGAUUAAACAUUCAUUUAUCCAAGAAGUGUACAUAGUCUGCUUGUUAUCACAUUAUCACCCAACUAAUGGACACGCUGAGCAAAGAUGUGGGCUUCCGUACCGAGUCGGACACCUUUGGGGAGCUGAAGGUGCCCAACGACAAGUAUUAUGGCGCCCAGACGGUGCGUUCGACGAUGAACUUCCCCAUCGGAGGCCCCACCGAGCGGAUGCCGCAACCAGUCAUCACUGCCAUGGGCAUCCUCAAGAAGGCUGCUGCCCUGGUAAACAAAGAGUACGGACUAGACCCUAAGAUUGCCGAUGCCAUCUCCCUGGCCGCCGACGAUGUCAUCUCCGGAAAGCUGUACGACGACCAUUUCCCGCUGGUCAUCUGGCAAACCGGUUCCGGUACCCAGAGUAACAUGAACGUCAACGAAGUUAUCAGCAACCGGGCGAUCGAGCUGCUCGGCGGAACCCUCGGGUCGAAGGCCCCGGUGCACCCGAACGACCACGUCAACAAAUCGCAAUCCUCGAACGAUACCUUCCCCACGGCCAUCCACAUCUCGGUGGCCCGGGAACUGACCGGAAACCUGAAGCCAGCCAUCCAGACCCUCCACGACGCCCUGAAGGCCAAGUCCAACGAGUUCAAGGACAUCAUCAAGAUUGGCCGCACGCACACGCAAGAUGCCGUUCCACUCACCCUGGGACAGGAAUUCAGCGGAUAUGUCCAGCAGAUGGAAUUCGCCCUGCAGCGAAUCGAAUCCGUGCUGCCCCGUGUGUACAUGCUGGCUCUCGGUGGAACCGCCGUCGGAACUGGUCUGAACACCCGCAUCGGAUUCGCCGAAAAGUGCGCUGCCAAGAUUUCCGAACUGACCGGCCUUCCGUUCAUCACUGCCCCGAACAAGUUCGAAGCGCUGGCCGCUCGUGACGCCAUGGUGGAAGUUUCCGGCUGCCUGAACACCAUCGCCGUCAGCUGUAUGAAGAUUGCCAACGACAUUCGGUUCCUGGGAUCGGGUCCCCGAUGCGGUCUGGGAGAGCUGAGCCUGCCGGAAAACGAACCCGGAAGCUCGAUCAUGCCCGGCAAGGUGAAUCCCACUCAGUGCGAAGCCAUGACGAUGGUCUGCGCUCAGGUCAUGGGUAACAACGUGGCGGUUACCGUCGGUGGAUCGAAUGGACACUUUGAACUGAACGUGUUCAAACCGCUGGUGGUGUCCAAUGUGCUGCGAUCGAUUCGGUUGUUGUCCGACAGUGCCCGCACCUUCAGCAAGAACUGCGUCGUCGGCAUCGAAGCCAAUCGGGCCAAUAUCGAUAAGAUCAUGAACGAAUCUCUGAUGUUGGUAACGGCGCUGAAUCCGCACAUUGGCUACGACAAGGCGGCCAAGAUUGCCAAGACGGCCCACAAGGAGGGAACCACGCUCAAGCAGGCCGCCCUCAAGCUGGGCUACCUGACCGAGGAGCAGUUCAACGAGUGGGUCCGCCCGGAGAACAUGCUGGGACCGAAGUAAAGAGGGAACCGCGGUGAGUUGACUUACCUCAGUUUUUUUUUUUAUUUGCCUUUGUUUAAUUGUAUUUCGGUGCGAUCGUUGUGCUGCACAGCGAUCAUGAAUGUCUUAUCAUAAAGCGAACAUCAUAUUUCAA